GCUUACAAAUAGCGUAAAUGUAGCACUAAUAUCCCGCAUCAACUUGCUGCCUUCCGCUCACAGAAAACCGCUCUACCAUGGUUCGCUCCCUUUUCGUUGUUGCCGCCGUCCUCGUUGCCGGUUUGGCCGCCGUAUCCAACGGUCAAGAGGUCACCUCGUGCGGUGUACCGGUGGUAGAUCCGGUGCUGACCAGUGUCACCAAAGUGCGUGGUGGGGAAACGGCCAAGAAGGGUUCAUGGCCGUGGCAAGUGCGCCUGGGAAUGCGCGACUUCCUGGGAAGGACACAGUUCUUCUGCGGCGGAAGCAUCAUCGACAAAGACCACAUCCUGACCGCAAGCCAUUGCUUUGCUCAAGGUACUCCGUUCGGUGCGACCUUUUUCGUUCGGGUUGGUGACCACCAAGACAACACUGUGGAAGUUGGCCAGAAAGACUAUAACAUCAAGACCAUCCGCAAACAUGCCCAGUUCGGUAUGACCGCCACCGGUGUCAGCAACGACAUUGCCCUGCUGAAACUGUCCAGCUCCAUUGCCUUCUCCGACAGCGUGUCGCCGGUGUGCCUGCCGGAAAAGAAUUCAGACACUCUGCCUGGCCGCACCUGUGUGGUGACCGGGUGGGGCAGCACCGUCAACCAGUCCACGGGGAUCUUCCGGGCGCCGGCCCAGCCCAUCCUUCGACCCAGCACGGUCUUGAAACAAGCCAAAAUGUCUAUUCUGGAUCGUGACACCUGCAAGCAGGCCUGGAGACCGAUUGUCAUUCGGGAUUACAUGACCUGCACCUAUGAUGAUGCCGAUGAAUGGGUGGCCAACGUUCAUGGUGAACCGUGCCAGGGUGACAGUGGUGGCCCUAUGGCUUGCAAAGUGGACGGAAGCUCUACUUGGAAUGUCGAAGGUGUCGUCAGUUUUGGCGCUGGGUGCGGUCAGCGAGGCCCGGCUGUUUUUACCAGAGUAGCCAGCUUCAUCGACUGGAUCGACCAGCAAAAACUGACCCUUUAAAGCAUUUUCUCCAAUUCUUACACCGGUUUAUGGCUGCCGGGACUUUGUACAAGAAUUUGUAUCACAAAAUUACCAUCAAUGGCCGUUCAAAUAACGGUGGUCACUGUACGCUCAUUAAAACAAUAAAAUCUCAUUCAGUUUGAA